CCAUUUCGCAAUGUCCACUUCCAAGCGCCAAGGUGUUGUAAUCGUAGUUGCAUUAGUGUCGCAGUUGGCGUCUCUAUAAGGUAGGACUAGACUACAUCCUUUCGCUUUGCCGAUGGUCCUCUCCGUCGCUCCCAUUGGCACUGCAGUGCCUGAGCAGCUCUCGACUAUCAACAACGAUAGCUGUAGCAACAAUAAUCCGCCGCAAGGGUUCUUCAAGCCGCUUCCAGCCAGUCUUCAGGAAGAUUCCAAGUACUCUCCAGGCUGUGAUGUUGUUUGCUGCCUCUUUGAAGGGAAAUUGUCCGACACCAAUCCACGAGCAUUGUUGGCUAGUAAAGUGGUACGCGGCAAAGUGGUAGGAGUCGGAACGGCCAUGGAUGCUCCAGAAGACGACGGCCGAUUGUACCAAAUUGCCGUCACAGACUGCGAACUUAACGAAAAUCCACAAGACCCAGUCUUUAUCUUGGCAUAUGAAGAAGACCUUUGUUUUGCUUUGGGGACUCCAGUGUUUCUGGCUUCACUGGACAACAACAAUGCCCAUCAAGCUGCAGUGGUCAUUGGCUGUGAAUCUUUGGCCCCCAUUUUGACAACGUCGCGUCCGAAUAAUCAACAGGAGAAAGAGCUUGUUCCCAGCGUCUUCUAUUCCGUUCAAACACUGGAAGGGAUCAGCAAAAUCCACCAUGGAAUUGAGCCCGGGAGGCUGACCUACCGGCCUGCCGCACAAACCAUUGCUACAGCAAAGACGUUGGGAGAAAAGGUUGUCAGAGUCAGGGAGGAAGUCAAGUCUGACACGUCUCCUUCCACUUCACGUCUUCGAAUUACGUUGAGGAUGCCACGAAAAAAGUCAAAUGGGGAAAGCCCGAAAGCCGGCAAAGACUGCGAUCAAACCUCUCAGAACAAGACGUCGCCGGUGACUACAACCAACGAAGCAGCCAAAGAAAUUGUUCAGACGGAAGGAGCUGCUGAGGGGGGAAGUAUAAACGAAAGCGUGAAACAAUUGUUGGCUCAAAUUCCUCGAUAUGAGGAACGUGCUGAAGUUGUGAAGCCUGCCGCAAACACAGACACCGAUGCCAAGGGAGAUACUAAGGUCGAAAAUAUGCACCCGCCAGCAUUUCAGUGGAUUGUCGCGGGUAGGAGCCGGAGUAGACACGAUUUCAACAAGGCCCUCAAGAUAAUCAAAGAAGGGCGCCAUGGCCACAUAAACCAUUGCCUUUACUGGCAUGUCGCCAAAUCCUGUCGUACCCAUUGCCCGCGGGCAUCGGACCACAAACCAUUGACACCCGUCAGGGCACGAAAAUUGGAAAGAGAUCUGUGGCCUGCAAUGAGUCCAAAUGGACCGAUCAUUUGCAGAACAGCUGCCGAAGUUGAUCGCUUAUUCGGUGGAAGCAAUAAUAAUGGAGUGGGUUUUCACGGGAAUUAUGGUUCAUCGACAAGCCAGGGGAAAAUGCUACCUCUGGUACUACAUGCUGAACCUACUGACAAAACCGAAUGGAAGGACAGCAAUGCGGCAUUGGCAUUCAAACUUCCAGCCUACUUUGGAGCUGAACUGAUGGUAUCGGCCAUAAUGGGCAACUCUGAGGAGGCUUUGACAGGCAAAGAACUCUGUAACACUUAUGAUUGCUCCAUUGACCUGGAAGGGGAGAGUGUGGGGGUGAAGUGCUCCGAAGGGGAAAAAACAAAGCUUGCAGCUCAGUUGAAGGGUCCUUCGUUGCAAAAGCUGUUUCAGUGCCGUUUCGCCAUUGACCAUCUGCUGUUCAAAGCAGUGCAUCCAACUUUGCGAGCAUACCUCCUAUUCACCACUGCAUCAAUGAACAAGCACCGUGACGGGCAGUUUGGGAUAUUCAAAGUGCCCAAUCCCUUUUCAGAUAUGGAAGGCACUCAUGGCCAGGAUCAGUCUGAAAAUGAUCGGUGCUAUGUGACACUUCUCAAGGCCAACUUUGACUGUGGAGGCCGAGGUUUCUUUGACUUUGGGAUUGUCGAACAAUGGAUGACUUCACUGUUGGCUAAGUACAACAGCAUCAGGAUUGUUCCAGUGAAGAGACCAAUGCAGUACUAUCCCAAGAUCUACCCUCAUAUAGUUCUCUGCGGACGUGACCAUCAGGAAGUCUUUUCCUGCCGGCGUGAAAUGAACACUUUGGCUGGCAUGGAUUUCAGUCAGCACAAGGGUGGGCCAAAAUGGUGAGAGAAGUAAAAAGAUGAAAGGCGAUACCAAGGGUGCCAAUCAGUGUUGGGGUUUGCAUAAUCAAUCGUGCCGUAGGAACAAGAAGUAGAAAAGACGAACCAUUC